AUGGCAACAUUGGCAGGUCUCUUCGAUUUUGGAGAGAUGUAUAGACGUCUCUACGACUUCAGCAUCGCUGACGGCGCCCUUGACUAUCAAAUCACGGUUGAAGAGUUCAUGGCUUCGCUUGCAGCGAGUGUGGUGCUUGAAUUCUGUUUCUCCCAGUAUGUGAAGCAAUGCUUCAACAGCAUCCUGCUACCGGAACAACCGACUGAUAAACAAUUCAGAGACUACAACACGGAACAAGACACUAUUCUCAAUGGUAUCCUGCGAACUCUGAAGCACAAGCGACGUCCGAUUCCCCACAAUGAUCCCACGAUGGCUGUGGAGAAAGGCGUAUUGAGGAAGAGACACCGUGAUGCCAUCGAAUAUCUCGAGACUUGCGGACGUGGAUUGGCGGGUGCGACAAAUCAGGAAGCUCAAACCGGGGAGAGUGUCGUUCGGAAUCUGCUCGAAGUCUUGGAAGACUGA